AUGGAACCUUACUGUGCAUUAGUUGAUCCUGGAACUAGCCCUGAUAAAUACAGAGAAACUAUGCUGACUCUUGGCAAAUACCAUAACAAGGACAUUCAUGAAUGGGAAGGGGGAUUUUGUUCUUUUUAUCCUUUGGUUAAAUGUAGUUGUAAGGAGUGCAAGGCAGGUGAGAAUGGGUUUUAACCAGACAUGAAAUGCCAUGGCCAGCCAUAUCACUCUGCUCAUUCCUGGAAAUGUGACCUUCAUGGACUUGCAUAUGAGAGAAUGUGCUAAGAGGGCAAAAAAUGCAGAAAAGGUAAUAGAUCCUGAGUUAGGAAAGGGUCAUUCAAAUCUUCCUGAAUUGAUAUUCAGUGUCCUAACUAAAUUUCGCGCCAAGGACACCAACCUGCACCAAAAGAACUAUCUGGCAUCCACAAAUCUUGGACUUCUGCAAGCAAACAUGACGUGGUGCUUCAAGAAUAAAGAACCACAUUAUCACUGGAUCAUUGAACUCUAUUCAAAGAUAUUUGACAGAAUUCAAGAGAUG